AUUCCUGGCUGGGUUGGUCAUGGUGGAAGGGUUAGAUAUUAUAAGGGUUAUUCCUGGCUGGGUUGGUCAUGGUGGAAGGGUUGGGUAUUAUAGGGGUUAUUCCUGGCUGGGUUGGUCAUGGUGGAAGGGUUAGAUAUUAUAGGGGUUAUUCCUGGCUUGGUUGGUCAUGGUGGAAGGGUUAGAUUUAUUGGGGUUAUUCCUGGCUGGGUUGGUCAUGGUGGAAGGGUUAGAUUUAUUGGGGUUAUUCCUGGCUUGGUUGGUCAUGGUGGAAGGGUUAGAUUUAUUGGGGUUAUUCCUGGCUCGGUUGGUCAUGGUGGAAGGGUUAGAUAUUAUAAGGGUUAUUCCUGGCUGGGUUGGUCAUGGUGGAAGGGUUAGAUUUAUUGGGGUUAUUCCUGGCUGGGUUGGUCAUGGUGGAAGGGUUAGAUAUUAUAAGGGUUAUUCCUGGCUGGGUUGGUCAUGGUGGAAGGGUUAGAUUUAUUGGGGUUAUUCCUGGCUGGGUUGGUCAUGGUGGAAGGGUUAGAUAUUAUUGGGGUUAUUUCUGGCUGGGUCUGGUCAUGGUGGAAGGGUUGGGUAUUAUAGAGGUUAUUCCUGGCUGGGUCUGGUUGUGGUGGAAGGGUUAGAUAUUAUAGGGGUUAUUCCUGACUGGGUUUGGUUGUGGUGGAGGGGUUAAAUAUUGUAGGGGUUAUUCCUGGCUGGGUCUGGUCUCGGUGGAAGGCUUCGCUGAGGCAUGUUAGACUCAGAGCAGGCCCUCUCCAUCACAGCCCAACUUCUCCCAGUGCCAGAUCCAAGCAGAGCUUCAGGAGGUUAGCCUUGUUAAUGAUAACUUACAAUGGCUCCAAACACAAAGACAGACUCUUUAAUGACAGUGUUGACACAGACGGAGAGAGAACAUCCUGAGAGCUUGUUGAUGUCUGAUGGGAAACAUUCCUGUGUGUUUAUACAUGAUCCUUCUAGAGCCCCUUGAACAAUUCAGCAUGAAAGAGUGUCCAGACUGGACUCGUCUGGUGCUUACGACCGAGAGGCCUAUGAUGCUCGAAGGGAAAACAGAAUGGCAGCGCGGAAAAAAGCAGAGGAGGAGGCAGGGUGCACUGACUAUAAGAAGAUGUACGAGGAGGCCUUGUCUACCAAUGAGAGACUCAAGUCCAGGCUGCAGGGCAGCAAACAGGAGCUGGUAUUGGUGCAGACUCAGCUGGAGAGAGUGACACAGAGAAAGAUAACCAUGACUGAAAGGUCCAAUGAAAGGUCCAUGCUUGAGACAGAAAAACGGGAAACGCGUGUCCUGCAGAAGAAGAUAUCAGACAUGGAAGAUGAAGUGAAGGUCCAGACAGAGCUGAAGAAUGAGAACCAGAGACUGAAGGACGAAAACGGAGCCUUAAUCCGGGUCAUCAGUAAACUGUCUAAGUGAGAAGAGGAGGAAAAGGAAGAGAGCAGGGGAUGAUACAGCUUUAUUUCCCAUGUUUACACCCACUUCUCCAACUCCACCACCCCCACCAACACCAGUAGUCUUCACACGCAGUUUGCAUAUUUGCACAUUUUUUUGUAUUAAUUUAUGGAUUGUUAUAAUGCAUAAUUAUAUAAUCACAGCACAUAAUAAUACCGUAUGAAUGUCUUCAAAUGUUUCAUCUAUAAACUGAUGUAACAGGUUAUAUAUUAUCACGUUUUGUAUCACUAUGUGACAUUUGAAAUGUUUUUUUUGUUUUUUUGUUUACUCCAUCACAUGAACAGUCUCCUACGCCUUGUAUAAGUUAUUUAUAAAGAUUUUCUAUGCUGCAAUCCAA